AUGGGCAAAUUUGCAAAGAACUAUGGGAAGGUCGUUGGAAAAGAUGCCGAUGGCUUUCCCGGGUGGAAAGGUCCUUCAUAUGUCAAAAAGCCAGAACCGCCAAAACCGAAAAAGAAGUCUGCAAAAGGCUCUACCAGUACGAGUACGGAGACCAAUGAGGAGAACGAUGAUUCCGCGAAAGACCCCACCAUACCCAUUGAACUACAACAAUUACUUCUCAAUAUCUUCAGAGAUGCUUUUCCUGGUCUCUUGACAUCAGAUACAUUGCAGCCCUUGUUGCAAGAAGUCAAGACAGCUUUAUACGAAAGGGACUUCUCACGAGCUUUUGGCAAGACCGAGUACUUGGAAGCCUACUCUUCACCUGAUUGCAAAGAAACACUCAAAACUACCGAGACGAACACAGACUCACAGAACCUCAACCUUGAUCCUGCCACUCACUCAGCAGAUGUAGCUAAGCCCGGCCUGAACACUGCCUGUUUUGGAGGCGGUUCUGCAGAAGUGCUUGCCUUUGGUGGAUUUUCCCGAUACAUGCGUGAUGCCUCGCGCAUGCAAAAUCGUGGGACAGGUAGUCUUACGGAUGGAGAGCCAUCCAUGCUGACGAAUCUCUCAAUCUCGGACAACUCUCCCAAAGUCAAUCUCCUACUUCUCGAUAUAGCCCAGUGGGAAGAUGUUGUGCAACAACUUCACAACGGCCUUACCAAACUUCCAAUCUUAUCAAAGUAUGCAAGCGCCGCAGCAAGAGCUGCCAACUCAGCACUCCUUGCCGAUGGAGACAUGUCUACGACGUUUCGCUCCAAAGACGUGCUUGAGACCACGCAGGAUCAAUUAAAUGAUGUCCUCGGCAAAGGACCAAUGCUCCUCACCCUCCUCUUUACCCUCAAUGAGCUUUAUACAACAUCCAUUGGCAAGACAACUGCGUUUCUCCUCAAAAUGACCAUGGCUGCUAAACCAGGAUCUUUAUUGCUGGUCGUUGAUAGCCCUGGUAGUUACUCGGAGACAAAUAUUGGAACCGAAGCCAAGAAGUAUCCUAUGUCCUGGCUUAUGAAUCACACUCUCCUGGAGGCACAGAACAGCAAGGCAGUUAAGGAAGAUGGCGAGAAACCGAUCCCCGCUAGUUGGGUGAAACUUGUCUCUGAGGAUUCGAAAUGGUUCCGGAUGCCUGAAGACCUACGGUACCCGAUUCCGUUGGAGAAUAUGCGUUAUCAGGUGCACCUCUACAAACGCGUAUGA